ACUGUAUGUGCCGGCCAAAUACUGCUUGAAAAUAGUCCAAUCGGUCAAGGACAUAGGAGUUCCAGUUGCGGAUAUUUCAAGAAAUUGUUGAGACCCCCAAAAACUUGAAUUUAUUGCAGAGAAAAGCACUUUUUCAAGAAGCAAAAGCAGUGGAAAUAAUGGAAAAUCAGAAGUUGAAGUUUCAUCACUUUAGCCAUGAACAUCCAUUGGAGCUUACAAAUUAUUCACCUUCCAAACAGAACAAAUUCUGUGCAGGGUGCAAGCUCAUGAUACAGUCCGGUAAGGACUACUACAGCUGCCCAACCUGCCCAUUUUUAUUGCACCAAGUAUGCUACAGCAUGCCCCGCAAGAUGCGUCAUCCGGCACAUCCAAGCCACUACUUGAACCUCCAUCCUUCUCCUCCUUCAAGCACCAAAGGGGCCUUGAAUUGUCGGGCUUGUCAAACUCAUGUCAUGGGGUUUUACUAUGAUUGUGCCGAUUGUGGCUUUUACUAUCAUAGCUUGUGCUCGGGCCUGCCCUUCUCCAUUAAAACUUCAUCGCACCCUCAUGCAUUGAAAUUAUCAUUUUCUCCACCGUUCGAUUUGAGCUGUGAUCUCUGCAAUGAGUCUGGUUAUGAUCAAUGGCUGUAUAGGUGUCACAUUUGUGAGUUUGAUUCUCAUAUUUCUUGUGCCAUUUAUAAUAUGCAACCAGGUCUUGAACCUACCCAAAAUCCAAUUCCCCCACCGCCCGCCAACGGGUUUACAAGGCAGAGCAGCUAUUCUUCAGGAGCUUUUUUCGGGAUCAAUGAGGCAGAAAAUUACAACAGUGAAGGCAAUGAACUCUUGCAUUUGGUAAGACAGAUAGUUUUUAAGGGUAACAUUAAAAGCAUUGGUGACAAAAAGGUUUCAAGUGCAGCAGUCACCGGCUGGGAUAAGAGAUUAAUUUCUCCGAAACAAGAGUUCAACUUUACAACUAGCAAACUUGGAAAUGGUGGAUCACAUCAAACGGAUGCAGACAUGGCCAUCACUUCUUUGAAUUCAAAAGAUACAGCAACUUCGGUUUCUGAAGACAUUACAUUGACUCCAAGUUAUCAAUUCAGCGAUGCGUAUUUUUCGAUAGAUUUGGCGAAGUCCACAUCUAAUGGUCAGAAAAUUCAAGCAAACAGGGAAGGUCCAAACCAAGGAACAUUAAGCUACACCGACAGUACUAUUCCCCCCAAGAAGGUUUUGAGCAGCGCCAAACCAGCAAAGCAACCCAAUUAUGUUAAUGUAUCAGGUACUAAUUAUUCCAUUAAAAUUGGACCGGAAAAUAAGCUGAAUGAAGCAUUCUUGACUCGAAAUGACACUCUUACAAGGAAGGAAUCAGGCCCAAAGGAGAUGAAGAGAAAAGCUAGUGAUACCAUGGGGAGCUCAGACACCGGAAAUCAGAGUCCUAAAUCAGAUAUGGAUAGUAACAGCCCUUCCUGUUGGCUGAGUUGCUGCAAUACGGGCUACGAAAGAGGUAGGGAUUAAAGUGGUCAGGAGGCCAGAAGCAUAAGAAAACUGAUCAGUUACCGAAAAGUUUUUCUGAGUGUGAUUUUACAUGUUGAGAAUUCAUAUCAUAGUUCCAAUAAUUUUUGUACAAGAGCUACAAAAAACGAAUUGUGAGGAUCCCGAUUCGAUUUCAAUUCAAAUGUUUGUUUAUUGUUUCAAGAGCAUGCAUGAGUUGAA